AUGGAGGAAUCACGUUUGGGCGAUUUUCAGUACAAACAUGGCAAAUGUCUGGAGCCAUCUCAAGUUUCUCGAUGUUCGCUAAAUACGUGCGAAGAUAUAUUGGCUAGAAGAAAAAUGUUUAACGAUCCACAUUUGCCUAAGCACGUUAACGAAGAAACCGUGUAUGGAAUUAAAACAAAAGCAAUGCCACUAGGAGACGUAGUGUUCCCGCACAAAUUACCAGGUCAAAUAUUCCAAGAAGACAGGCUAGGGGCUAAGUUGUAUGAAGUGUCCCAUCACGGUUUUCAAUCGGGAGAGCAACUAAAACGGAGAUAUACAAACCAUUUUGAUCCGAACAACCGUUAUGGAAAUUUAAAUAAAAUUCUACCGGCUGGGAUAUGGUUCAAGCAGAAUAUAGAUGAAUCCUCGAGUAUUGAAAAUGCCAAUCAGGGUAUCAAAGAAAUCGUCAAAGUACUAGAAAGCGUUGAGAGUAAUGACUGUCGUUUUCCAUAUGUGGAUUAUCGACAAGGGAAGUUUCCCGGAAGAUCCUAUUUUGGAGCUUGGGACACCUUAACUGGCAACGACCCAAACGAAAACGAGUUUCUUCAAAACGAAUGUUUAGUCAACAUUAAUAAAUUAAAAAACUACGUAAAAAAACGAAAGUGUGACUUAAGAAAAAUUCGAGAAACCUACGCGGAAAUGGAUACGGAACAGUCUGGAUUGCUACCUUUGGACCAGGUAUAUGCGAUAUCUUAUGCCUAUCGAAUAAGACCAAAAAGAAAUGUAUUUGAGCGGGCAUUAAAUAUGCUAAAUGCAAUCGAUAAGAAUAAUGUAAAUUAUAAAGUGUUUAUGGAAUUGAUUGAUCCAAACGUAUGUCUCCCAGAUGCGCUUAAUAAUUAUAAAACUAUCGAGCCAGAAAGAUUUAAAACCUCUUAUAAGACCGACUACGAAAAUGACGGAAUUAGUCAAAGUCUCGUGUUAAAAAACAGUGCUAGAGUUGUGUAUAAACCUGUGAAACCUCCGAUAUUGGCUUAUCGAGAUUGCUUUGGGUACGAAACGGAUGUUAAAACAUUGUUAAAUCCUUCGAUCUUUUCAAACUACGGACUGACUUAUAGAGACUUCUACAUAGGUAGGGAUAAAACAACAAUUAAAGACAUACUUGAAAGUAUCGGAGUGGUACUACCAGAUGAAAUAUUUAACAAAGUGUGGAAUUAUGCUUACCAAUGCGACGGAAAUAAUGACCAAGUCAGCGUGGAAGUUUUUAGACAAAUAUUACAGAAAAUCGCACACGAAACUAUAGACUGA